CUUACAUAAGCAUCUCCCCGCCGUCUUGAUCAGUAGUUGGACGGUCUCUACUGCGAUUGGCUCCGAUUUUUGACCCUGUACGUACGAACCUUGUACGGUUGUUGUGGCACUGAAAUCCACACGAUCCCACAAUCCAUUCUGCUAGGGGCUGGGACUGUCUAUAUACUUUGUUUUCAGGCUGGGACGUUUGUUUUUUUGGUUUGGUUUGGUUCGAUGUCGCGACGUUUUAUACACGCUUUCAACGUGUUCACAUUGCGAAGACCGUUCCUUGCACCUGUGAUCACUACUUUUACUCUGUUUGGUGCGGGGGAUGUCCUGGCUCAGCAAGGGGUCGAGAGGAAAGGAAAGGAUCACGAUUUUUUGCGGACAGCACGGCUUGCUAGCUAUGGUGGAUUCAUAUUUGCACCCAUUGCUUCGAAAUGUCUCCGACUCCUAGAGCAUUUACCUGUCAGGAGCAAACCGGCAUUGAUUGCUAGUCGAGUCGCUCUUGAUCAAUUUGUCUUUUCACCUAUUAUUGUUGGUGUAUUCUUUACGUGCACAACAUUGAUGGAGGGGAAGACACUCAAGGAUGCAGAAAUGAAACUAGAAACGACAUAUAAACGGACCCUUGUUGCCAACUGGAAACUCUUUAUCCCUUUCCAAAUGCUAAAUUUGCUGGUCCCGAUGCAUCACAGGCUAUUGGCUGUUAAUGUCGUCUCUUUAUUUUGGAACGCUUAUCUUUCUCUCAUGGCAUCAAGUUCGCACAUAUCUGCCGCGAAACCUGAAGCAUUGGCAUAG